CUGUGAACUAAAUCCAAGCCCAAACAAAGCCCAAUUAUAGCUUUGAAGUAACAUUAUAAGAGAUUUAGGGUUUCUUCUUCUCAGCCGAUUUCAGAGACUCCUUUCACAAGCUGCCGGAAUCUUCCAUUCCAUUUUUUGAUCGCUCAAAAUGUAUACCUCGAGGAAAAAGAUUCAUAAGGACAAGGAUGUUGAACCCACUGAGUUUGAGGACUCUGUUGCUCAGGCAUUGUUCGACUUGGAGAACGCAAACCAGGAUCUUAAGAGUGACUUGAAGGAUCUUUACAUCAACAGCGCUGCCCAGAUUGAUGUCUCUGGAAGUCGAAAGGCAGUAGUGAUUCAUGUUCCUUACAGAUUGAGGAAAGCUUUCCGCAAGAUUCAUCUCAAGCUCGUUAGAGAGCUCGAGAAGAAGUUCAGUGGCAAAGAUGUGGUUCUAAUUGCAACCAGAAGGAUGUUGCCGCCACCCAAGAAAGGUUCAGCCGUUCAGAGGCCCCGCAACCGUACUCUAACAGCAGUGCACGAUGCCAUGCUUGAGGAUAUUGUGUAUCCUGCUGAGAUCGUAGGAAAGCGGGUCAGAUACAGGGUCGAUGGGUCCAAAAUUAUCAAGAUUUACUUGGACCCCAAGGCAAGGAACGACACUGAGUACAAGCUGGAGACGUUUGCUGGGGUUUACAGGAAGCUCUGCGGGAAAGAUGUUGUGUUCGAGUACCCAAUAAACGAGGCUUGAAUGUCUGAGGAAUGUGUGUGUUUAAUGGUUUCAGUUUUGUUGUCAUUUGAAAUGGACCUCAAGAGAUUCUGGUGUUGCUUAUUUUCUUUGUAGGAUAAAUCAAAAGUUGCUGAAAUUUUCAUGUUUAGUUUUUUUUGGUUUUAGAUCUUGCAAUCUAUGUGGAAUUAGCUA